GCCAAUGGGCAAAGGCUUUAGCUUUAUUCCCGGAAGUCCCUAUUGGUGACUGUAUCGUUUGUUUUCUCUUCCCAAAUUAGGUUUAUCGAGAAAAUCAAGUCCCUUUCUAUAAACAUGUAUUUAAUCGACAGGGUAUAUAAUUUCUGUUCGGUGUCCUGUGUAUGAACGAUUUGAUGUUUAUGAAAGAGACAGCGUGCCACUGGUACUGAGAAUCUGUUAUCGACAUCAGCGGUCACUGGACAGAUUCUUGCAAGAAGAUUCAUAGUGAGGUCAUGGCUGAAGGCAGUGGUAUGGAGGGAACCCCGACCACAGGGGUAGACUUACCACAGCCCACUAAUGGAGGGUUCCCCGGUCCACCUCCCCCAAUUUACUCUUGCACGUUGAAUCCUGCCCUGGAGGCCAAGGCUCGUGAGGAGUUGCAGGAGAAGCCCGAGUGGCGUUUGCGUGACGUACAGGCGCUGCGGGACAUGGUGCUGAAGGAACACCCACACCUGCGCACGCGUCUGGACGAUGCAUUCCUGCUGCGUUUCUUGCGCGCCAGAAAGUUUGAUUAUGACCGUGCUCUCCAGUUGCUGCUGAACUAUCACGCCAGCCGACGGGCCUGGCCCGAGGUUUUCCAUGACCUCCGGCCCUCUACGGUUAAGCACGUGUUGGAGCGAGGCGUCCUAACAGUGUUGCCCCAGUCAGACAACCAUGGGCGCUACAUUCUAUGUCUCAGGCCAGGGAAGUGGAGGCAAAAUGAUUACCCGUUUGUGGACAACAUCCGGGCGAUCUACCUGACACUUGAGAAGCUGAUCGAGGCAGAGCAGACCCAGGUGAAUGGUCUGGUGAUCCUCGUGGACUACAGUGGCGUGGGGCUGUCCCAGGCAUCCAACCCUGGACCGUUCCUGGCCAAGAAGGUGGUAGGAAUCCUGCAGGAUGGUUUUCCUAUCAGAAUAAAAGCUGUGAACAUCAUCAAUGAGCCACGCAUCUUUAAGGGAAUAUUUGCCAUUAUUAAGCCCUUCCUAAAGGAGAAGAUGGCUGAGAGGUAUGUCCUUCACGGUUCGGACCUGUCCUCCCUACACCGAAGCAUCCCGCGUUCGGUGCUACCCGAGCAGUACGGCGGCGUGGCCGGCCAGCUAGACAUGGCGGUGUGGACCCAGACGCUGCUGGAUGCCGAGGAGAACUUUGUGGUGGAGUUCUGUCAGCCUGAGCCGCUGGAGGAUGGCGUGCUGCCGGACUCCAUGCUGUUUGACGGCGAGCACAGCGGCAGUGGCGCUCAUGGAGAGGACACGUUCAGGAGCCUGCGCUCGCAGCUCUACUACUGUUACUGACCACCGCACUGACUGCUGCGGACCUCCACACUGCUCAUCACGUCAGCCAUGACAGAUGGCUUCGCUGCUCCCAUUAGUGAUUGCUCUGCCAUUACUGCCCGCAGUGACUGACCACACACUUAUGGCACUCCUCUGUCCUACUGACUUACAUCACUACUGACCGCUGUUAUUUGCUUCCAUUCCGCUAACCACUGUUCUUGCUCUAAUGGUUUCAUUACUGCUGGGCCCUCCUGCUCACCCGCUGUUGGAAACCUUGCUACUGAACGAUGUGUUGACGAAUGCUCUCUGUUCACCCCAGACAUUGAUUUGAGAGAGAACGACGUUAAUUCUUAUAUGAUGGGAAUUUUGAAAUGUAUGUUUUAUGUCCUGAGUUAUAUUUUUGUGUAAUUUGCAAUUAUGUCAAUUUACUCUGAGGUGGUCUUGCCAAAGUCUAUAGCCAUUUCUGAAUAUGAGUUGUGAGGUGGAAGUUAAAGGGAGACUAUUUAAUAAUGUUGCUUUAUCUUGCGUUAGCCACUCAUUUUGUUUGACACCCAAAGAUGGUUUGCCUUAAUCGGAGAUGGGGCUAGUGUAGUUGAGCAUCCAGUAUCUUAUGAAUGGGAGGACGGGCAGCAGUCUGGAUAUCUACCAGUCUUCACUUGGGUGGUCUACACUAAAGAUUAAUUUGUUCCUCUCCAUGCUUUUCUUGCAUACCCAUUCAGUCUUAAUACAAAUAGCCAAACUGUAUGUGAAUUGCUCUUAGAUGUAUAGAUGUAUGUAUACUAGAUGUAUAGCCAGUGCAGUGAAAGCAUCUGCAUUGUAUGGAUGUAAGUGUAUGUAUCUCACUGUAAACGCUGUUACCCGCCACAUGUGCACACACAAAUACCACUCUGUCCAGUCAGCUAAGGUAUUGUUAUAGAGCUGGAACUGACCUCUACAGACAUCACCAAGCACUGGCUGUGAGUCUUCCAUCUUGAUCAUAUCACAUGCUUCAAACAAACAUUGUGGUCAUUUAAAACCUGCCAUUUUGUUAUCUCUUUCCCCUUUUGCCAAAAAGAGAGAUAAAAACAUGAAAGGGACAUUUAAUUUAGUAUUUGUACAGAUCCACCUCUAUAGUUAACUUUGAUUUUCCAUGUUUUCACAUUGUUCAUGAUCCCUGGCAGGAUUUUUUUUAUUAUAAUAACCAGGUAGCUUCUGUCCAUUGAGAUGUGGACAGGCAUAUAUUUCAAAUUAGUGUAUGUGGGUUGCUUCUCAAAAACAUCACCAGAAACAGCCUGGAUACCUUAAUAAAGCGUUGGCUUUGUGUACUGGAA